AUGAAUACCAGAGACAUUCAUCGACACGUAAAAAGGUGUCCAAAGCGCACAAUGAAUUUUAACGCCUCAUCACGUCCAAUGCGCAUGCGCGACGGGGUGACGCACCCGGAACUAGCAGCAUGUCGCUGGAGGACCCGUUUUUCGUCGUGAAAGGGGAGGUACAGAAGGCCACGGCGCGGGCACGCAGCCUGUUUGACAGGUGGGAGGAGCUUCUACAAGAUGGAACUCAGGUGAGUCGUGAUGAGCUGGAUUGGAGCACCAACGAGUUGCGCAACUGUCUGCGAGCCAUCGACUGGGACCUGGAGGACCUGAGCGAGACCAUCAGUAUCGUGGAGUCAAACCCGGGGAAGUUCCGCCUGGGCGAUGAGGAGCUUCAGGAGAGGAGGGAUUUCGUGGAGAAGACCAGGAAGUCCGUACAGGAGAUGAAGGAUCAAUUGUCGAGUCCAUCGGCUGCGGCUCAGGCAGAGAAAAAAAACAAGCAGGCGUCGUUCGCUCCGUCGGCGUCGGACCGCUCCACGCAACUGGAUGCCCACCUGGUGUCCGCCAAUUCCAGAUACAUCCAAGAGCAGCAGGAACAGCAGCAGCUGAUUAUGCAGGAGCAGGAUGAUCAUCUGGAGCUUGUUUCCGGAAGCAUCCGGGUCCUCAAAGACAUGUCGGGACGUAUCGGUGACGAACUGGACGAACAGGCUGUCAUGUUGGGGGACUUUGCCGACGAGAUGGACCAGACGUCAUCACGUAUGGACUCUGUGCUCAAAAAGAUGGAGAAGGUCUCGCACAUGACCAGCAGUCGGCGGCAGUGGUGCGCUAUCGCCGUGCUGGUCUCCAUCAUGAUUGUCGUCCUCAUCCUCUUCUUCGCCCUCUGAUGCCGGCGCGACUCCCAAACUCUGAUUGACACGCGGGACCCACAAAGGACCGGCCAAUUUUUUUUCUUUACCCCUGGGCCCGAAGAAGGGAAAAGUACGCCGGCUCGAGCUAUCCGGUAGGAAUCGAACGCAUGUGGCGCAGUCAGGUUGUGGCUUCGAUCAGCAGAGGGCGCUCUGGUAGGAAAGCGCCACACGCCACCUCAGGAAGUUCAAGGUUGAGACUAAGCUCGUCUUUUUUUUUUUUUGUAUACCAGCAAAAAAGUCAACAAAUUUCAAACAAAUGUCUAAAUAUUGGCAAACACAUUUUCACAUUAAAAAAAAUACUCUGUGGAAGAAAAAAAAUUGAAACCUUUCGAGAAUAAAAUAAAUUUUGGAAGAACGCCAUAGUAUUUUGAACACCUUCUUUUCUGAGCGAAAAAUUGUUAAAUUACGAGAAAACUUGUAAUGUUUUGAGAAUCAUCAAUGUUAAAGGAGUACAACAAAGCCAUUCCUCAGAAUGGGGCAGUGCAAAGGGUCUCUCGAAAGUGGCACCUCAUUUGAAUUCAAGAAUCUUUAAGAACGGUAUGCUUGUGAUGGUUAUUAUUGAUUGUUGUGAAAAAAAACAGUGUGAAAGUGUAGGUGGGAGAUAUAGAUAUUUUUUUGCCCACCCUGGAUGCCUUUAGUCUAUUUUUUUUACAUUUUUUACGUUGCUGCGUCCUUGUUGCUGGGCAGAAUGUCCAAAUGUCCAAAAAGCUCAGCGCUCCCCCUACUGGGGGCCGUUGUUACUGCCAUUUCGUUCAGCGUGAAGAAUAAUAAUAGAUAAGACGGUGUUGCAUGUUGUACGAAAACAUUUCAGUCUUUUUUGUUGAAGAUCAGCUGUCAACAAUCAUAUGCAUCAAGUGGCAAAAUGUAUUUAAUCUUUUUUUUUAUUUUACAUGAUACCAUUUUGACGAUUUUUAAUGUUUUAAAUGUUGGAUCGAAAAUAAAACGUUGUGAGCAUC